AUGCUUGCAGCUAUGCGCAAGCGACCUAGAUCUCCUUCGCCCGAUACUGAGAUCACAUCUCCUUUGGACGUCUUACUAAAGAGGCGCCGGAAACGAGAUUACUUUGGAAAUAUUCCCUCGGAUGGAGUGGAACAUGAUUCAGAUCACCAUUUCUCAGAUAGCGAAGGGUCAGUCUUGUAUCCUCGCUUCAAGGAGAAGAGGAGGACAAGACAAUGGGAAAGGCAAAAUGCUCCUCAGCAUUCAUCUGCCUCUGGCUAUCCAUUCAUAGGUCAACAACCGUACCCUCUUCGACCAAGCCUAGGUGAAUCAAGAUCUCAGCCUGAGAUAUCCUCCUCCUCUUCUCUUCCGACUGGAUCUCAUCCACCGACAGUCGAUCAAUCUCCCCUUCCUCGAUGGCCAUUCUCCAGCGGUCCUCAGGCCGAAUCAUCUCGUAUCGCCAUGUCGUCGUCCCCCAUACGCCAUUACUCACCUUCGAGCUCGCCUUGGCGCCCGGCUAUUGGACACAGCAAGAUGAACGUUGCGAAGAAGGUCGCAGAGCUGGAUACGGAAGACUUUGAGCCGAUGAACGAAGACGAUAUGCGUAGAGAAUGGGGAGAAGAGUAUUCAGCGCAGAAUUCCCUUCUACACAGUCUGCACAAAGCACGCAACACGCCGUACACUUCUUCCUUGCACUAUGGCGGACUGAGCGCGGACGCCGCGGACACACCCGAUCAGACUAUCUUGCAAACUCCAGCGUUCGCGUCCCCUCACGCUCAUCAGUAUCCUUCUUACACCCACUCAACACCUAGUAAUGCCAUACGGACAGCCAUGGGACCGCCUUCGUCGUCUCAGACGAAAGCUUGGAGUACACCCUGGCCCAUCGCUUCAUCUACAGAUCCUACGCCUUACCGAGAUAAUGCGCUCCCUUCAUCACCUUUUACGUCUGCAACUCUGCAUACGACUCCGUCGACCGACAACGCGGACAUGGAGCUAGAUUAUGGACCACACCCAAGGCAUGAGAUGUCAGAUAGUAGGACUAGGUACGAGGAAGCAAAUCGACUGCUGGCAGAGCUAGCAUUUGACAGGGAGAGACGAUGGGGCGAUCCAUCGAAACGACAAUGA